AAACGGUUCCGCUUCUUCACUUCACCUACUUUUUCUCUCCCUCUCACACACUCUCUUCGUGUUUCCAAAAAUGACAACCACCGACUCAACCGUCGCACCUCCGUCGCAAUCCGCCGCCUUCACGUCACUAAAACCGCAUCUCUUCGUUCAAUCCGAUAAGGCAAACGACGCCGUUUCCUUCUACAAAUCGGCGUUUGGCGCUGAAGAAGUGAACCGCGUCAAUCAUCCCAAACGGAAAGCCGAUCAGGAGCUCCCUCUUCUUCUCACUGCUGAAAUCAAAAUCGGUCCUUCUUCGAUUCUCAUUUCCGAUGACUCCGCCGUUCCCGUGAAAGGUGUGACUAGUACUGGGCUGGUGUUCUGCAUGGAAACAGACAACAUUGAUGCCGCUGUGGAAAAGGCUGUCAAAGCUGGUGCUGUUACAGAAGGUGAGAUCACUCAAGGUAUUCAAGGGGAUGGCGCGUGCUGUGGUGGGCGCGUGGCCAAGGUGAAGGAUCCGUACGGUAUCGUCUGGCUCUUCUGCACUCCUGCUGCCAAGAAGUCUGCUGACGUGGAAGCUUAAUAAUCGUUUGAUCAAAAGACGUUUUGCUAUUCAGAUGGUAGUAGAUGGUUUUAAAAUGACUUUUGGUGGCUGGUAACAAGGGUAAUUUUAGUUUUUCUUUUAAGUGGUAAUUAGUAACUUUGAUGUAAUGAAUCAUGAUAUGUGGUUGGUGCUAACUACAAUUUUCAGAAUCAAAUGGCUAUCUUAACAUA